AUGUCUUCUAAGUGCUUGCUAAUUUAUUUUCUAAGCUUUAGUUUACAAUUCCAUUUGAUUUUCGCCUUAGAUAUUUGUCAGCAGAAAACUUGUCAAGAAUGCAUCAGAGAUCCCAACGUCUGUGUGUGGUGUGCUAUGAACAACUUCAAUGGUGCAAGAAGAUGCAUGCCUAAUAAUUCUUAUACCAUCGACUGGUGUCCAGAAUCGCUAAUGAAUCCAACAAACGUAGCUUACGCAUCGGAAACCAAAGAAUUUAGUUCCAGUUCAGACAACGUCAUCCAAAUUAAACCACAGCGUUACAAAUUGAAUCUUCGAGCAGGAAUUCCUGAAUCUUUUAAUUUUUCCUUCCAGGGAGCUAAAGAUUUUCCAGUAGACUUGUAUUUUCUUUUAGAUGCAUCAACAACUAUGGCUAAUAUCAGAGACAUGACUGCUAAGCACAGUGAAAAAAUAUAUUUGUCUAUUAAAGAAAUGACGGAGAAUGUUCAUUUGGGAUUUGGUACUUUUAUAGACAAACGAGUAUUGCCUUUUACGAAUAACACUCUCGACACAAAAUUAACGUACUCAUUUCGACACAGAAUGACAUUAGCUGAUGAUUUCAAUAAAUUCAAAGAUGUAGUGUCUACAACUCCUAGUGGGCUUAAUCGGGAUCCUCAGGAAGGAGGUCUUGAUGCUCUUGCUCAAGUACUUACCUGCACGAAAGUCAUUGGAUGGAGAAACGAAUCAAGAAAAAUAGUCGUGUUCUUGACUGAUGGAUAUUACCAUACGGCUGGAGAUGGAAAAACUGCAGGUUUAUUUCAACCAUAUGAUGGUAAAUGUUAUACUAAAAAUGGGACCUAUACCAAAGAACUGGAAAUGGAUUAUCCGUCUGUGGGGAUGAUAAACAAGUUGGUAACCGAUAGUGAUAUUACUGUCAUUUUCGUAGUAGAUUCUGGUGUUAAAGAUGUCUACCACGGACUCAGUAAAGCUAUAAGUGGAUCAAGACUUACGGAAUUUAACCGUGUUGACAAAGGAUCUAACGAUGAAAUGAUAGUGCAUGUUUUAAAAGACAUUUACACGAAAAUAUCCAAAAAAAUUAAACUCAAAACGAAAGUAAAGUCCGGACGAAAGAAGGAUUUAAGUAUUUCUUUCGAUCCAGACUGUACUACAAACCUUAAUGUCAAAGAAUGUGACGUAGAAAUUGGUAAAGAAACUCAUUUAGUUGGAACAGUACGGUAUGAUGGUACUGAGGACGUAAGCGUGGACAUCAUAGUUGAAGGUAUCGGUGAGAAACUUACUCUUGACAUUGAGGCUAUUAAGAAUUGUGAGUGCGAAAAGAAUGUAGAAGCUAGUGCUGCUUAUUGCCACGGAGAAGCCCGGUAUUGCGGAAUAUGCCAUUGCAGCGAUAAAAGAUACGGUGAAAGAUGUGCUUGUGUAAAAAGUAAGAGAAAUAAUUUCAAUGACAAUUCUACCUGCAUUGCUCCAGGCAGUCAGGAUAUUUGCAGCAGACACGGCAUUUGCAACUGUGGCGCCUGUGAAUGUUUGACAAGGUACGAAGGUGAAUUUUGUGAAUGCAACGUGGACAGCUGUCCGCGUAGUGCAAAGAGUGGAGAAGUUUGCAAUGGUAAAUUGCAUGGGAAAUGCAACUGUGGGAAGUGCAGGUGUGCGCCGGAGUGGUCUGGUGACGCUUGCGACUGUUACGACUCAGACGUGUAUUGUACGGGAAACGAUGGAAGUAUUUGCAACAACCGCGGAGAAUGUGUAUGUGGUGCUUGUCAAUGCUCUCAAAUUGCUGAAUGGGAUGCCCGUUAUAGCCAGGACCCAUAUUGCAAAGUUUCAUCCUGUUCUGAUUGCCAUGACCUGCAAUGUAGGAAGCUGGCCAACUGUGCCAAAGAUCGCAGAAUCGGCAAGGAUGAUUGCACUAAUGACCGCAUUAAAAUCACUGUAGUUGACAAACUGAGCAAUGACACUGAUUUCAUGGAAUUUUGGAACUUAUGCGAAAAUGUUAAAGUUGAAGAUAAUUGCAAUACUAGUUUCUACUAUCGGUACAAUGAUACCGAUUAUAGUAUAGAAGUUAUCAUUGCCAGGAAUAAGGACUGUGCUCCCAAUUAUUUUAUGUUUGGUGGCCUCUUUCUCUUGACGCUUUUGAUAGUGGGGAUUGGUACUCUAGUCGCCUGGAAGCUACUGACUGAUGCGAAAGAUCGUCACGAAUAUCUCCAAUUCAUGCAACAAAACAAGCAAGACGCCUCUGGACCAAGCAGCAAUCCCUUGUACGAAUCACCAACUACAACGUUCAAUAAUCCGGCUUUCAGGAAAAAAUCUAUCGAUCGUAAAUAG